GCGGCAAAAUGGCGGCGCCCAGGAGUUCGGUGCGGCGCUGGGACGGGACGGGAGGACGGUCGUAGCGGUGUGAGGCGGCGGGGAGUGGGUCGCCAUGCUGCGCGCUUCUCUGCGCCAGAUCUCAGCGGCGCUAAAGGAAGGACAGAUCACCCCCACAGAGCUCUGCCAGAGGUGCCUCGCUCUCGUCAGAAGCACCCAGUUUCUCAACGCCUACAUCACGGUAGCGGAAGAAACUGCGUUAAAGCAGGCUGAGGAGUCGGAGAAGAGAUACCAAAGAGGUCAGCCGCUGGGUGAGCUGGAUGGAAUUCCCAUUGCAGUGAAGGACAACUUUAACACAGCUGGCAUUGAGACAACAUGUGCAUCAAACAUGCUGAAAGGUUAUAUUUCUCCUUACAAUGCUACUGUGGUUCAGAAAUUACUGGAUCAGGGAGCUGUGCUUUUAGGAAAAACAAACCUAGAUGAAUUUGCAAUGGGAUCUGGGAGUACAGAUGGGGUAUUUGGACCAGUCAGAAAUCCUUGGAGUUAUUCAAGGCAGUACAAGGAAAAAUCCAUACCCAGAUCUGAUUCUGAGCCUGAAAACUCCAACUGGGUAAUAGCAGGAGGGAGCUCUGGAGGCAGUGCAGCUGCUGUAUCGGCUUUCACGUGUUUUGCAGCUUUAGGGUCAGACACAGGAGGAUCUACCAGAAACCCUGCUGCUCACUGUGGUGUAGUUGGUUUAAAGCCAACAUAUGGACUGAUCUCUCGCCAUGGUCUCAUUCCUCUAGUGAACUCCAUGGAUGUGCCAGGAAUCCUGACCAGAUGUGUGGAUGAUGCAGCAGUUGUGCUAGGUUCACUUGCUGGACAUGAUCCUAAAGACUCUACCACAGUUCAGGACAUCUUUCAGCCAUUUGCACUGCCAACUUUGACUGAUGUCAGCAAGCUCUCUAUAGGAAUUCCUAAGGAGUACCAUGUACCAGGGCUUUCUAGUGAAAUUCUGGCUGUUUGGUCAAAGGCUGCUGACCUCUUUAAGAACGCAGGUGCUAAAGUAGUUGAAGUGAGUUUACCACACACCCAUUACUCAAUCGUCUGCUAUCAUGUGCUCUGCACUGCAGAAGUGGCAUCAAAUAUGGCCAGGUUUGAUGGACUGGAAUAUGGACAUCGUUCUGACAUGAGCAAGUCCACAGAAAGCAUGUAUGCUGCAACACGACGAGAAGGAUUUAGCGAUGUUGUAAGAGGAAGAAUUCUAUCAGGAAACUACUUCUUGUUGAAACAGAAUUAUGAGGAUUACUUUGUCAAAGCACAGAAAGUCAGACGUCUCAUUGCCAAUGACUUUGUGAAGGUUUUUGGAAGUGGUAUUGAUAUUUUACUCACUCCUAUCACUCUGAGCGAUGCAAUCCCAUAUGUGGAAUUCAUCAAAGAAGACAACAGAACUCGCAGCACACAAGAUGACAUCCUAACACAGGCUGCAAACAUGGCCGGACUGCCAGCCGUAAAUGUUCCUACAGCUCUUUCAGAAAGAGGCUUGCCAAUUGGGCUUCAGUUCAUUGGGCGCUCAUUCCAAGAGAAGCAGCUGCUCACAGUAGCCAAAUGGUUUGAAAAACAAGUACAGUUCCCAAUGAUUCAGCUAGAAGAAGUGAAGAAACACGACGACGGUGUCCUUCAGCAUCAGAAAUCUGCUUCUUUUUCAUAAUAAGGGAUUUGCUGGUCAGUGAAAGCAAGAAAGCGGUUGGGAUAGUUUAAAAAUGUACUUCUGCAGGAGGAAAAAAAACAGUUCAAGGCAACGAUAUGCAGUAAUGCAGGAUGGACUAAUGAGAGCCUGUUACUGUGUAAUUAAGGCAAAACAAAUCAUUAAGUAAACAUGUAUAUCUUACUAAGAGCCACUUCUUACUGAUAUUAAAAACACCAGAUUGAAGUUAUUUAUCUUA